AUGGAGCUUACCAAAAUCAUUGUCUCUAUAGCCAUAACCUUUGCCAUCACCAUCACUUUGACCAUGAAAAGCAUCGUGGUCACUGAAGAGAAGCAGCCUGCUUCCAACCUCAUCAAUGGCGGUGGUUCUUCUUCAAGCACGUUCCAACCCUCCUCGCAGCAUGAACCGAAACCGAUGCCUUCCAAAAGGGUAAGUCGCUUCCUUCAGGGAAAAGCUAGGAACCCUAGGGCAGCUGACCAUUGCCACAAGGACCAGGAGGUUUGCCACGUCCAAGGUGGGAACAACACCACCUGCUGCAACAACAAAUGCGUCGACUUGGUCACCGAUAGCCAUAACUGCGGUGCAUGCAGGAAUAAGUGCAAGUUCACCCAGGUUUGCUGCCGGGGAGAGUGCGUCUACAUUUCUAUGGACAAAAGGCAUUGCGGGGCUUGCAACCACCGGUGCAAGCCUGGCGAAUACUGUGUUUACGGAAUGUGUAACUAUGCAUAA